GUUUGGUGGGUCGUCGUCUCGUUAUCAGCAGCACCAGUGUUGUGGCGGAGGGGACGAAACAGCCUGAGUUGCUUGCCGCCGCCAGUCAAGCAGAGUUAGCGCCGCAGUAGUUGUUCACCACGCGCUUCCGUUUACGCGUCGUUUACACGUUUUUGGCACAGUCGAUAAUUACUAUGUAGAAUUAUUGUUUAUCAAUCGAGAAUUUAAGUGCGCCUACGUAUUAUUAUAUUACAAAAUACAAUCUUCAAACAACAACUUUAAAUCGUAUAUCGUAUUAGAGUGCUGUUGCGUUUAAGCGCGCGUUGAAUACUUUCUUUACGGGCUUUUGUGUACCGUUUAAACAAUACUCUCGAUUUCUAGCCGAACGACUUGUGGCAUUAUUUUUCAUGUAAGUGAUUGAUACGGCUUCUCGUUUUGUGUUCGGAUACCUGCGUACUAAUUUGUAUGUGUGUAUGACUUUUUAUGUUAAACGACGCUUUCGGACACAGUAGCUGUUCGUGUUUAAUUUCUGCUCGUUUUUUUCGAUCUUUUAAGUGCCCUUAAAGUUAUCUUUGGACUUUCUCGAAUACGCUGGCAGCGAAUGCCCAACUUCGUGAAUGGUCAGUUGAGAUUUGGGUUUUUCGCCAAGCGUAAUGGACGACGACGAUGGCGAUUACAGCAAGACGUGCGGCCCCGUACUGGUGGCUGAUUCGACCACGGUUGCCGAUAAUAGUGAUCGCCGUCGACGACUUGAUGAAAUUUUCACGCCACCUAAGUUGAGCGUCAAGUCCAAAGAGGUGGACAACCUGUUAUUGCUUUCUGAGGAAAGCGAUAGUGGCGAUCAACAAGAAAGUGACGAUAAAACAUGUUGCUCGCCGCCGAGUAAUCCUACAAUAAACAAUGAAUUCACUGAGAAGGUCGAAACGAUGGGCGAUACUGUCGAUUCGCCACCAAGUAAGCCUGCGACUAAUGUCGAACCCACGGAGAUGUGUUCGAGACAGCGGGACAAUAAGGCAGCAGCCAAUCUUGUCAACGAUAUAAAUGCCAGGUUUUCCAACGAUCAUGCCCAAACUGUGGUGGGUAGCGGUGGUAGUAGUAGUUCUAGUUCUGCAGCACGUAAAAUAUCCGUACUUGAUCUAUUCUCACCACUUAGUAUCAAAUCUAAGGAGAUGCAAGACUUGAAUACUGACCGGACCGAAUCAGACGACCGAUUUGUUGUAGAAAGAGUGUCUAAAGGGGAGAAGGACGAGAUUGUCGCUGAAAAUGUCUCUAAAAAAGAAAGUGAGUGUACAGCUGAACUGAUUCUUAAAGAAGAACGAAAAGAGAUUAUCGAUAAAUCCGUGUCGUCCACGUUGUCAAUAAACGCCGAUGAGUCUACAGAAGAAAAGUCCAUGUGUUCAUUGCAACGCGACAGCAAAGCGGCGGCAAAUCUCGUCAACGACAUCAAUGCAAGAUUCUCUAAUGAUCACGCUCAGACUGUUGUUGGCAGUGGCGGUAGUGGCGGCUCAAGUUCUGCAGCUCGUAAAAUAUCCGUACGCGACCUUUUUGCUCCUCUCAGCGUCAAGUCCAAGGAGAUGCAAGAUUUGUUGAAAGCGGACGAUGAAGGUCCAGACCAGGUAUCAAUAGCUGCAGUGGUGCCGGAUGUAGGAAUAGUAAUAGACAACAAUAAUAAAAUGUCUUCAACAGAAGUCGAAGUUAAAAUCAAAGCUGUAGCUGAAGAAAACGGCGGUGUUCGUGAUCAAAAGGUUAAUGAUGAAGACUGUAAAGAAGUCGAAAAUCCUAUGACCGAAGAUAAGACUGAAGUGGAAAACGGUUUUCGAGAUGAUGUUGAACCCAUUAAAGAAGUUAUCACUGCUGACAAACCCAAUGGAUUGGUGGCGGAAGGACAAAAGUCGAUUACACCAAAGGUCGACAUUAAUGUCAGUGGUAUCACUGCCGCUGUAGCCGUGGCAGUUGACGGAGAAGGCAAAACUACUCCCGUGGUGGUGGACGCCGUAACGGGUACACCCAUCAUCCGGUUGCGAAGCAAAAAGUCCAUCAUGGAGUCUCGAUUUGGUCUUCAUACUGUGGUACGAACGUGGGACGACGUUUGGAAAUCGACUGCGUGGGCGAAAUUGGCACCAGAAAAACUCAAGCGAAGUCCCAAUAGUGGUAAACGUGGCGAAGAAGCCUCACCCAACUGUGAUAAAAAAACCAACGGAACUUCACCCAACUGUGAUAAAAAAAAUACCGACGGGAUAAACAAGGUAGCUGACGACGAGUCCGUCUCUCCAGCAAAUGGUUCAACUAAAAAGAGUCGAUUCAAAGUGGUGCAGAUCGACGAUAAGACGGCUACUGUAGCUGGCGGUGGCAGCAUAGACAGUGGAAGUAGCAGUAGUAGUAGCAACGCCGGUGAUCCUACGCUUCCCAUGAUCGAGAGCAACCUUAAUGAGUUGACUAUGGUAGAAUCGCAGCUAAAAAAGUUAGAGCGCGAACACCAACAACGUGGUCAGCUGCCGGGAUGUGGCGAAGAAGAUGAAAGCGGGCACAAGGAAGGUGUCAAUGGUGCUGGAGAAAGUGUUAAUGGGAACGCUGGAAGUACUAACAAUAAAGUGGCGUCCCGUGCCACUGAAACGCAUUCUAAAAGAUUGGGAUGGUUAAAAGCGGCAUUUCGUAGGCGAGGCAGCAAAUCUUCGAAAGCCGAAGCUUCCAAUACAGUUACCACUACUUCGUCAAAUCCUCAAGUACAACAGCAGCAUCAGAAGCAACGGCAUCACCCUCAGCGUGGUGGAACGAUGAACGCCAAGUCUUCAGCGAGUAGUAGACAACAGCAAAUGCAAAGGAGGCGCCGUAGCGCAGGUAGCGGUGCUGCCUCUAAACAAACCGGUGACAGUACCGUGACUGCAGCUGUGACAACGGCCACGGCCGCCACCGUCGGUACCCGGGGUGGCAGCACCCGGGCUUCGUCCCGGAGCAGCCGGUCCGGUGGCGGUGGAACCGACGAUUCAUCGGGCGGACAUCAUCAUCAUUCGUCGUCCCAGUCGCAGCAUUCGUCGUCAUCCCAGUCUCAGUCGCAGCACAUUGGCAAGUACAAGCUGCUGAAAACUAUCGGCAAGGGGAACUUUGCCAAAGUCAAGUUAGCCAAACAUGUGCCCACCGGCAAAGAGGUUGCCAUCAAAAUCAUUGACAAGACUCAACUGCUGCCGGGCAGUCUUCAAAAGCUGUUCCGAGAAGUACGCAUCAUGAAGAUGCUCGACCAUCCCAACAUAGUCAAGCUGUUACAGGUGAUUGAAACGGAAAAAACGCUGUAUUUAGUCAUGGAGUACGCCAGCGGUGGUGAAGUGUUCGACUAUUUGGUAUUGCACGGUCGAAUGCGUGAAAAGGAAGCAAGAGCCAAGUUUCGACAGAUCGUAUCGGCUGUACAAUACUGUCAUCAAAAACGAAUUAUUCAUCGGGACCUGAAAGCUGAAAAUCUACUACUGGACGCCGAGAUGAACAUCAAGAUAGCUGAUUUUGGGUUCAGUAACGAGUUCACACCUGGCGGCAAACUGUAUACGUUUUGCGGGAGUCCACCGUACGCGGCUCCUGAGCUUUUCCAAGGCAAACGAUACGAUGGACCCGAAGUAGACGUGUGGUCACUGGGAGUUAUCUUGUACACGCUCGUCAGUGGUUCACUGCCUUUUGACGGAUCUACGUUGCGCGAACUUCGGGAACGAGUGCUCCGGGGCAAGUAUCGUAUACCGUUUUAUAUGUCCACCGACUGCGAGAACCUGUUGAAAAAGUUCCUGGUGUUAAACCCGUUAAAACGAGCGUCGCUCGAAGUCAUUAUGAAAGAUAAAUGGAUGAAUUUGGGAUACGACGGUGAAGGAGGCGAAGGCGAACUCAAGCCAUAUGUAGAACCUGUAAAUGAUCCGUCGAAACGCGUCGGAAUGUGCCGAAUCACAGAUACUCUAGUGACGAUGGGUUACAGCCGCGCGGAAAUCGAAGAGAGCAUUUCACAAGCCAAAUAUGAUGAUAUUUUUGCCACUUACCUAUUGCUGUCGAGAACUCAUAACAAUGCUGACGGUGAUGAUACAGCGCCUGCUGUUGGCAGCAGCUGCUCUUCAUUAAACAACACUAGUGGCGGUGGCGGUGUAGGUGUUGGGUCUUCAUCGCCAGGCCACCGUAGUGGUGGAGCUACAUCUGUACACAGGUCUGCAUCAGCUGCUAAGCCAGCUGCCCGGAGAGCUUCAUCAGCAGCAUCGGCUGGAGAUAGUCAUCAGACCAAUAACAGUAGUAAUGGCGCUGGAGGAGGUUCGUCUUCUAGUAACAGUAGCAGUGGAAACAAGACAAAAUAUAUCGGCUCAAGUGGUAACCACACAGCCACGGCGGCGACGGCCAGUGCUUUCAAAAGGCAGAACACUAUCGACGCAGCCACCAUUAAGGAAAACCACCACCGAUUGCAACAACAAAACAGGCCAUCGGCAAUAGCUACUGCUGACAAUUCUAUCGGAGCUAAACAAAGACCUUCACCUGGAAAUUCAACAGUCGCCGCCGCAGCUACGGUUGGGAGACGCAGUACUAUUAGUUAUGAUGGCGGCGUUACCGGUGCCAGUGGAGCAGCCGCUUCGGCAAUACCUACUAGUGGUGGAACUGACGGUGGCGACGCUGCGACUGCUGCUGCUUCCGCCGCUGUCGCUCCUACCGAUAUAGUACCGACCAAAAGCCAUCACCAUCAACAUCAACAACAACAACAACAACAACAACACCAUCAUCAUCAUCAGCAACAGCAGCACCAUGCCAAGUCGGCCAUCGGUGGCGUGCAGCCAGAAAACGGCGGCGCCGUGGCGGCCAGCAAUACCACCGCCGUUAGAAAUAUUUUGACGACGCCACCGACGACAACUGCCGGCGGCAGACAACAGCCCUUCCCCCGGAACGUACCCAGCCGGCAGACGUUCCAUUCCGGCCAGACUCGGCACAGGGGCUACGGCGCGGACGAGGGUUCCGGGGUGCAACAACAGCGCACCAGCAACACACCUUCAUCUUUCUUCUCGAAAAUAUCGUCCAAAUUUGUUAAACGGCCGAUGGCGAUGGACAAACAAUAUGGCACCGGCACCAACAAUACCAAUAUCGGCGGUGGUGGCAGCAAUUCUAGUACUAGUAGUAGUAGCAAUAAUAAUGCCGAUGGCUUACACCAUCAUCACCAUUCACAUCAUCAACACAACCACAGUGGCGGUACCCAAGAUGAUAAUAAGCAGCCUCGAUCAUUGCGGUUCACGUGGAGUAUGAAGACGACGUCCGCCAGAUGUCCGUCCGAAAUCAUGGCGGAAAUCCGCGAGGUAUUAGACGCAAACAACUGCGACUACGAGCAACGUGACCGAUUCCUAUUGUUGUGCGUUCAUGGUGACCCAGGUGGUGGUGGAAACGGAGGUGGUGGCGGCGACAGCGACCCUUCGUCUUCGUUGGUCCAGUGGGAGAUCGAAGUGUGUAAGUUGCCCAGACUGUCGCUCAACGGCGUCCGAUUCAAGCGCAUCUCGGGCACGUCAAUCGGUUUCAAGAAUAUCGCGUCCAAAAUCGCCAACGAUCUGAAGCUGUAACCGAGGAAAGACCGAGCGCCGUCGUACCUGCAUCGCGGGCCGGCCAAUUAACACGCUGCCGAGUGGUCGUCACAAGAGGCGGCUAUAUAUUUAUAUAUAUUAAAUUGUACAUGUUAUACAGUCGAUGACCUGUAUGAUAUAUAAAUUUUAUACGUGUGUAACAUAAGCGCGAGCUUAAAACGGCCGUCGACCAGUGAGUCGCGGCAGUGACAGACAUAUAGUAGAUUGUAUUUUAAUUUUAUUUUUAAAUGUAAUUUUUACGAAACUCGUUUCUAUUUGUUACGACGGUCACGCCAAUACCGUAGGCGUUACCACCGCCGUCGACAUGGCCCAAUUUGAGCCGUUUGCGAAUUUUUUUUUUUUUUUUAAUCAAUUCGAUUUGUAAAUAGUCGUUGUUAUUACUACUACUACCGCUAUUACCGCUGUAUUGUAUUAAAGACUACCACCAUAUCUACUGCCGCUUUAUUAUAUUGUAAAGACCGCCAUUUCUACUACAAUUACCGCGUUCUCACAAAUGUUAUCGCUGUAAAUUACAUUUUCCCAUACCAUAUAUUCGGGUCGUUAUCGUUAUUUUUAUUGAAUUUUUUGUAACCCAUUAAGUACGACCGUUGCUGCCCUUUGAGUAUUUGUUGAAUAUUCUAUGUCCCAUUAUAUAUUAUAUUAAUGAUUAUUAUUAUAAAAGUAUAUCGUGUUGAAAAAGUGUAUCGAUUCAUUUUAUAUAAGAAUUUUUUUUUUCAAAACUACGCUGUAAAUUCAACGCUGCCGCCGAUAUUAAUAUAAUUUACAUAUGUUUAUAAAGUAGGGAUGAUGAUUAUAUUGAUGUGUUGAUUUUAAUAAACGCUAUUUGAUACCAUAAGUGCUAUUAACGCUGUUUAAUACGAUAAGCGAUCAUAGUGUGAUGAUUUGAUAUAUGAUAUGAUGGUGAUGUUGAUAAUAAUAAACAAUAAUAUUAGUAAGGAUAUUUUAUAAAAAUUAUAAGUAAAUACAUAUGAAUUUUAACAAUGAAUUUUCUAUACAUACACACACACAUGGCGUGCACCGAUCGCCUACUCAUACAGAAAUAUUUUUCAAAAUAUAGAUUAUAUAAUAUGUCCGUGAAUGUUGAGUUAUAUUAAUUGUACAUUUUUACUGGAAAUAUAUAGUCUUACUACUUUGAUUUUUC